UGGGCGCUUAAUCGGAUGAUUACGGUAUGUGUAAAUCUGUAUAUUUUUGUUAUUUAUUCAGAUGUAAUUAAAUUAAAGUAUAUAUAGAUUGCGUUAUUUUUCGCCCAUAUUAAAUAUUUUUCAGGCCAGGUUACUUUAACCCCUGUUUUUUUAAUAUAAAAACAACGUUAUAAGAACAUGAACCUCAAAACCUCAGACUAAAAUCAUUGUUUUACAACUAAAACUACUCAAGAAAUGGAAUAGUCAAAAAGCCUUAAAAAGCGGUUAAGUCACAUAGUUUUGCGCAAUCAAUCAUUUAUCCUGUUUUUAAAUUAGAAAUCUAAGACUUAGGUCGAUCUUUAAACGUUUUGCUCUGAGGAAAGUUUUUCUUGACAAGGCGGAAAUCUUUAAGCCUUAAGGCUUCUUGUUGUCAUUUAUAUACCUAAGGAUAAAAGGUAGGAAUACUACAACUUCUUUUUAAUUCACCUAAAUUAUUUGUAGUCACAAUAUUCAUAAUCACGAAACCUAGACGGGUUUUGCCUUUAAAGAUACCUACUUCGUACCAAAAUUUUUCUAGUUGUAACUAGAUUAAUCCAUAACCUUACUAAAAAUCUCCAAAUUAAUGUUGUUUUCUUGUUUAAAUGAUAAUAAUGUUUUAUUCAGGAAAGGUACUGGUGAAAAAGCGCAUUUGAACAGCUCAUCAGAACACGACAAAGAAUAUAUUACUCCUGCUCACCAUGGAGAUGAUUAUUGCAACUAAUCCAUCGACAAAACAUCACAAAACACGAAAACGUACAAAUAUACACCUUAUUAGUAAUAGAACCAAGUCAGGACGGUGUAACAACACGAGGCUUAAAAAAGUCAAAAAUAUGGCAGCUCUUAAGAUAAUCUUCACCUUUAAUUAUUGUGUCUGUGUAAAAGUAAAUUAUACGAAAUUCUCAGUGUUUAGAAAAAUUUAAAAAUACACCACAAAAACGUAUCAAUUUAACUCGCAAAUUUCAGAGUUGAAUCUUUGACUACAAAUUUACUUUCUCCAGUAGAACUAAGGAAGCGGUUAUAAGCAGUAUAUUGUAUGGUACAUUUUUAAUUGCAGCUGUUGGAUUCCAUGAAAUGUUUCCCUUGUACGCUGCUUCUUCAAAGUUAUACAUUGACACGGAGGCAUGGACCACGAAAGCUGUUUAUUGGAAGCACGCUGGCAAUGGCUUUCUCUAUAUCAUUACUGCCAACUUUAGCACCUAUAAGCAACAAAAUCGUUUUCUGGUUGUUGUUGAUUGCAGUGCUUUUUUUCACUCGUGUUGCAAUAUGUGGUGGCUAUCUCGCUGUCAAUAUCCUAGUAAAUAACUCAGUUACUUCGGAACUUCUUGGAAUAGCUAAUGGGCUUGGCACGACAAUAGCAUCUGAAACCCUAUUAUGUACGGUUCAAUUUUAACGGCCACCUUAAGAAGACUUUUCUCUCCUGAAAGUUAUUUUAAUGAUAAAACAAAUGCAGAUAUUAAGCAGAAAGUUAUUUUUUUCUUACCUAUAACAUCUCACUGUUGAGGAGUAACCUCUUCCCAUCUGGAGGCCCUUGGUGGGGGAAUUUUUACAAUGCAGGCAUGAGCCAUCUAACGAGGUGGACGGAAAUACAAUAGCAAUAAUAAGAAAUGAUUCUUUACAAAAUGAAAGCAUUGCUGGACACAUGCCACAAAACAUAUUCCAAAUAUGUUUCAUGUUCUUGAAAGUCCCGAGCACUUCGAUUACAGCUGAGGUUUGUGGGAAGAGGGUUAUUCGUGGAGGUGGAUAUGGUCUGGAAAUACCAGUUAUAUAUAAGUUUUAUGGACAACUAAAGUUGAUUGACUGGUUUGCGAAUAAAAUUGAGGCUGUAAAAGCCGACAAUUCUUGUAAAGUUUCAAAGUGUUUAAAAUAACAAUUUCAAAAUUAUUCAAUUUUUUAUUAUUUUUG